UUUCGUUGGCCGCGCUGGGAUGGCCGCCACCGGUGUAGCCGUAGCUAGUGCUUAGCGCGGAUCUUUGCCGGGCGCUGAGGGCAGCGCAGUCUCCUUGUUUGUCCCGUUCGCCUGCGCGUGGUACUCAAGGGCACCAGCAUUCCCGCGGUCGGCAGCAUGGGUCGGGAGUCACGCCACUAUCGAAAACGAUCGGCAUCACGGGGUCGCUCUGGAAGUCGGUCUAGAAGUCGCUCACCCUCAGACAAAAGAAGUAAACGUGGAGAUGACAGGCGAUCUAGAAGCAGAGAUAGAGAUAGGAGGAGAGAGAGGUCUCGUAGCAGGGAUAAAAGAAGAUCUCGGUCAAGGGACAGGAAGCGUCUGAGACGUUCCAGAAGCAGAGAGAGAGACAGAAGCCGAGAGCGAAGAAGAUCUCGAAGUAGAGACAGGAGACGCUCAAGGAGUAGAAGCCGGGGCCGGCAAUCCCGAUCCUCCAGUCCUGGCAAUAAAAGCAAGAAAAUUGAGAAUAGAUCUAGGUCCAAAGAGAAAACUGAUGGUGGGGAAAGCUCUAAAGAGAAGAAAAAAGACAAAGAUGACAAGGAGGAUGAAAAAGAAAAAGAUGCUGGCAACUUUGACCAGAAUAAGCUGGAAGAAGAAAUGAGAAAGCGAAAAGAAAGAGUAGAAAAAUGGCGAGAAGAGCAACGUAAAAAGGCUAUGGAAAACAUAGGAGAACUGAAAAAGGAAAUCGAAGAGAUGACAGGGAAAAAAUGGAGUUUAGAGGACGAUGAUGAUGAUGAAGAUGAUCCUGCAGAAGCUGAAAAGGAAGGAAAUGAAAUGGAGGGUGAGGAGUUAGAUCCAUUAGAUGCUUACAUGGAAGAAGUGAAAGAGGAAGUAAAAAAAUUUAACAUGAGAAGUGUAAAAGGUGGUGGGGGAAAUGAAAAGAAGUCUGGGCCAACGGUCACAAAAGUUGUCACUGUUGUGACAACCAAAAAAGCAGUUGUGGAUUCUGAUAAGAAGAAAGGUGAGCUGAUGGAGAAUGACCAGGAUGCCAUGGAGUAUUCUUCAGAGGAGGAAGAAGUUGAUCUUCAGACAGCCCUUACAGGGUAUCAAACAAAACAGCGAAAGCUUCUAGAACCAGUUGAUCAUGGAAAAAUUGAAUAUGAGCCAUUUAGGAAAAACUUCUAUGUCGAAGUUCCAGAACUAGCAAAAAUGUCUCAAGAAGAGGUAAAUGUGUUUCGAUUGGAAAUGGAGGGCAUUACAGUUAAAGGAAAAGGUUGUCCCAAACCAAUUAAAUCCUGGGUCCAGUGUGGAAUUUCCAUGAAGAUCUUAAAUUCCCUCAAAAAGCAUGGCUAUGAAAAGCCCACGCCCAUCCAAACCCAAGCUAUUCCUGCUAUAAUGUCUGGACGAGAUUUGAUUGGCAUUGCCAAAACAGGAAGUGGAAAGACCAUUGCUUUUCUGUUGCCCAUGUUUAGACACACCAUGGAUCAGAGGUCAUUAGAAGAAGGAGAGGGGCCAAUAGCUGUCAUCAUGACUCCAACUCGAGAACUGGCUUUACAGAUUACUAAAGAGUGUAAGAAGUUUUCCAAGACUUUGGGACUUAGAGUGGUCUGUGUUUAUGGAGGAACAGGAAUCAGUGAGCAGAUUGCUGAGCUGAAAAGAGGUGCUGAAAUUAUUGUUUGCACACCUGGUCGAAUGAUUGACAUGUUAGCGGCUAACAGUGGUCGGGUCACAAAUCUUCGAAGAGUGACAUAUGUUGUUUUAGAUGAAGCAGACAGAAUGUUUGAUAUGGGUUUUGAACCCCAGGUCAUGCGCAUCGUGGAUAAUGUUCGUCCUGAUCGACAGACGGUUAUGUUUUCAGCUACUUUCCCCAGAGCUAUGGAGGCUUUGGCUCGCAGGAUCCUGAGUAAACCUAUUGAAGUACAAGUUGGAGGCAGGAGUGUGGUUUGCUCGGAUGUGGAGCAACAAGUGAUUGUGAUUGAAGAAGAAAAGAAAUUCUUGAAGUUACUUGAGCUUCUAGGCCAUUAUCAAGAGUCAGGAUCUGUCAUUAUAUUUGUGGAUAAGCAGGAACAUGCUGAUGGUCUUCUAAAGGAUUUAAUGAGAGCAUCUUAUCCUUGCAUGUCUCUUCAUGGAGGCAUUGAUCAAUAUGACAGAGAUAGCAUCAUAAAUGACUUUAAGAACGGGACCUGCAAACUUCUUGUGGCUACGUCUGUUGCUGCCCGAGGUCUAGAUGUGAAACAUCUGAUUCUUGUAGUAAAUUAUAGCUGCCCCAACCAUUAUGAGGAUUAUGUACACAGAGCAGGGCGGACUGGAAGAGCAGGCAACAAGGGUUAUGCUUAUACUUUUAUCACAGAAGAUCAAGCUCGCUAUGCUGGUGACAUAAUUAAAGCUCUUGAAUUGUCAGGGACCGCAGUACCUCCUGAUUUAGAGAAACUGUGGAGUGAUUUCAAAGAUCAGCAGAAAGCUGAGGGGAAAAUAAUUAAAAAGAGUAGUGGGUUCUCUGGUAAGGGAUUCAAGUUUGAUGAAACAGAACAAGCUUUGGCUAAUGAGAGGAAGAAGUUACAAAAAGCAGCUCUUGGUCUGCAAGAUUCAGAUGAUGAGGAUGCUGCAGUUGACAUUGAUGAGCAAAUUGAAAGCAUGUUUAAUUCAAAGAAGAGAGUAAAGGAUAUGGCUGAUCCUGGAACAUCAAGUGUUCCUGCUCCAACUGCAGGAAAUGCUGAGAAAUUAGAAAUUGCUAAGAGAUUGGCUCUCAGAAUCAAUGCCCAGAAGAAUUUGGGCAUCGAGUCUCAGGUAGAUGUGAUGCAACAGGCCACCAAUGCAAUUCUUAGAGGUGGCACCAUUCUGGCUCCCACUGUUUCUGCAAAAACCAUUGCAGAACAACUUGCGGAAAAGAUCAAUGCCAAGCUCAAUUAUGUGCCUUUAGAGAAACAAGAAGAAGAGAGACAGGAUGGUGGACAGAAUGAAUCUUUUAAGAGAUACGAAGAAGAAUUAGAGAUCAAUGACUUCCCACAGACUGCUAGGUGGAAAGUUACCUCCAAGGAAGCUCUACAGAGGAUCAGUGAAGACUCUGAAGCCGCAAUUACAAUCAGAGGAACAUACUUCCCUCCUGGUAAAGAACCCAAGGAAGGCGAGCGGAAGAUUUACUUGGCUAUUGAAAGUGCCAAUGAACUGGCUGUGCAGAAAGCAAAGGCAGAAAUCACCAGGCUCAUAAAAGAAGAGCUGAUCCGGCUGCAAAAUUCAUACCAACCAACAAAUAAAGGAAGAUACAAAGUCUUAUAGACAUCCGGAAAAAAGAUUUUUACCUGUGCUGGUCUAUGAUAGAUGUGGCAGUUGCAGUCUGCAGUUUACAAUGUAUUGUAAAUUAAGAUUUUUUAAAAUUCUGUCUUGCUGAUUUUUUUUAAAUACAAGAAACUAGUAUUUGGUAAAGAAAUCUGUCCGUAAGUACCCCCACAAUCAAUCAAACUAUAUUUAAAGCUG